AUGAAGUUCAACGUCCUCGGCUCGUCAAGUACCCCUUCCGCCGAGCUGCCGGCCGACCACCCGCCCGUGGCCGGUUCGGCGGCCAAGUGCCCCGUCGACCACAGCAAGAUGGGCAAGAUGGCGCCUCCCCCGCCGCCAGUCGACUCGGCGCCGGCAAAGUGCCCCGUCGACCACGAGGCGAUGCGUGCCAAGGCGGCUGCGGCGAAGGACGAGGGAGCCAAGUGUCCCAUCGACCACUCUGGCGCCAGCAGCAACAUGUUCGGCGCUGCUGUCGGAGCUCCUGGAGCGCUGGACCCGAAGAACAACAUGCCCGUCGGACUGAGUGCGACGGAGCGCGCGCCCGGACAGCGCCUCCACCUCCCCACUGAGAAGACGCUGAGCUCCAUCCCCCGCCCGAAGGAGCAGGACCAGGCCGGCUCCGGCGUGUGGGAGUACCCCUCGCCGCAGCAGUUCUACAACGCGCUCGUGCGUAAGGGAUGGGAGACGCCGGAGGAGAGCAUUGAGGACGUCGUCGACAUUCACAACUGGAUCAACGAGGGCGCCUGGGACGAGGUCAUGAAGUGGGAGAAGCGUCUGCCUGGAGGCACUGACGCGCAGCUCGCGCGCUUCCAGGGCCGACCCGGCGAUCUCUCCCCGAAAGCGCGCAUCCACCUGUUCAUGUCCAAGUUGUUCCCCGAGUCCUACUCGUCCGAGCCGCCCUUUGACCGACACGACUGGAUCGUCACGCGCCCCGUGCUCGGCAGCGACGGCAAGCCGCUGCGUGACGGCGAGGGCAGGCGCGUGGAGACGGAGCAGCGCUACGUCAUCGACUACUACUCGGGCGGCCUGGACCCAAACGGCUUCCCCAUCUUCUCGCUCGACGUGCGUCCGGCGCUCGACAACUUUACGGCGCUCAGCGAGCGCGUCAAGAUGGCCGUGGACGAGUGGAAGAACGGCCAGAACGGACAGCAGUAG